GUGGAGUAUUACGUCAACGAGAACACGUUCAAGGAGCGCCUGCAGCUAUACUUCAUCAAGAAUCAACGGUCGAGCCUGCGCAUCAGGAUCGCCAACCUGGUGUUCAAGCUGCUCACGUGUAUGCUGUACAUCGUCAGGGUUAUCACCGACAACGACCCGACGCACGCAUCAUGUUACGGCUGUCCACCGGGCAACAACUCCGAGUACAUGCGGUCGAGCAACCUGACCGACGAGGAGUUCCAGGAGAACCCGGUCAUCAACUGGGACGCCAUCCUCUGGGUGAACCGGUCGCUGCUCAUGUGGAUCGUGCAGGUCAUCCUGGCCAUCAUCAGCCUCACCGAGGCCCUGCUCCUCGCCUACCUCGGCUACAAGGGAAAUAUCUGGCAGCAGCUGCUGUCCUUCCACUUCAUCCUCGAACUCGUCAACACGAUACCCUUCACGCUGACGCUCCUGUGGCCACCACUGCGCAACCUGUUCAUCCCGGUAUUCCUCAACUGCUGGCUGGCCAAGCACUCCCUCGAGAAUAUGUUCAACGACCUGCACCGGGCGAUGCAGAAGUCGCAGUCUGCGCUGUCGCAGCAGCUGAUGAUCCUGUCGGCGACGCUGCUGUGCCUCGUCUUUACCAGUGUGUGCGGGAUCCAGCACUUCCAGCGCGCCGGCCACCGACACCUCAACCUGUUCCAGUCGACCUACUACGUGGUCGUCACGUUCUCCACGGUCGGCUACGGAGACAUCGUACCCGACAUCUGGCCCUCGCAGCUCUACAUGGUCAUCAUGAUAUGUGUCGCACUCAUAGUGCUCCCCACACAGUUCGAGCAGCUGGCGUUCACGUGGAUGGAGCGCCAGAAGCUAGGCGGCUCCUACUCUUCGCACCGGGCGCAGUCGGAGAAGCACGUGGUCGUCUGCAGCACCACAUUGCACGCAGACACCAUCAUGGACUUCCUCAACGAGUUCUACGCCCACCCACUGCUGCAGGACUAUUACGUGGUGCUGCUGUCGCCGAUGGAACUGGACACGACGAUGCGCAUGAUCCUGCAGGUGCCCAUCUGGGCGCAGCGCGUCAUCUACAUCCAGGGGUCGUGCCUCAAGGACAGCGACCUGGCCAGGGCGCGCAUGAACGAGGCCGAGGCGUGCUUCGUGCUCGCCGCCAGGAACUACGCCGACAAGACGGCCGCGGACGAGCACACGAUCCUGCGCUCAUGGGCCGUCAAGGACUUCGCGCCGAGCGUGCCGCAGUACGUGCAGAUCUUCCGGCCGGAGAACAAGCUGCACGUCAAGUUCGCCGAGCACGUGGUCUGUGAGGACGAGUUCAAGUACGCGCUGCUCGCCAACAACUGCACCUGCCCGGGCGCCUCCACGCUCGUCACUCUGCUGUUGCACACCUCCAGAGGACAGGAGGGCCAGACUUCCCAAGAAGAAUGGCAUCGACUGUAUGGAAAAUGCUCUGGAAACGAAAUAUAUCAUAUUGUGCUGGGAGACAGCAGGUUUUUUGGAGAGUACGAAGGGAAGAGCUUCACGUAUGCCAGCUUCCAUUCCCACAGAAAAUAUGGAGUAGCACUUGUUGGUGUGCGACCAGCAGAAUUACCUGAAUUUUAUGAAGAUACAAUAUUACUUAAUCCUGGCCCAAGACAUAUAAUGAAGAAGAGUGACACAUGUUACUACAUGAGCAUUUCAAAGGAAGAGAACUCUGCCUUUAUUCUUGGGAACCAGCAGAAUCAGCUGUGUGCAGAAAGUGGAACUACAGCAACAGAUGACAAGGAUCACACUACAUCUGAUAGCUGUGGAAAUUCAGAAUCAAAGCAAGGUCAGAAAGAGAAUAAUCCAUCCACCUUAACACCAGAUGUAGCAGUUACAGGAAAUCAUCUUGAUGUACCUCGACCUGGAGACAAUCCAAAUCUUUUAAGUCCAGAGAUUCUGAACCAAAGGAGAGGUAGCCGCCGUCCAAGUAUAUUGCCAGUUCCUGACAUGUUCACUAGUUCCUCUCUCAACAUUGCUGUAGAACCACAGGAUGAUGCAGGUGAUGAAAGUGAUGAUGAGUUAGAUGACGAUGUCCCAUGGAGAUCGCCAAGUGAAAAAAUUGCUUCUGGGACUACAGAUGGCUGUAUGACUAAGUCUUCUUGGCUUGGAGAAACUUGUCGCAUUGUGAAAGGCUUUCCACCUGUGUCUCCUUACAUAGGAGUAAGUCCAACACUGUGCUACCUCCUGAAGGAAAAGAAGCCUCUCUGUUGUCUCCAGCUUGCUAAGGUCUGUGAACACUGCAGCUAUAGAAAUGCCAAAGAGUAUAACUGGCAAAAUAAGACAAUAAUAUUAGCUGCUGAUUAUGCAUCCAAUGGAAUUUACAAUUUUAUAAUUCCUCUUCGAGCUCACUUUCGUUCCAAAACUUCACUGAACCCCAUCAUUUUACUGCUGGAACGAAGACCAGAUAUUGCCUUCCUUGACUCGAUAUCUUAUUUUCCUCUAGUAUAUUGGAUGCUUGGUUCCAUUGAUUGCCUUGAUGAUCUUCUGCGUGCUGGAAUUACAUUAGCAGAGAAUGUUGUUGUUGUAAAUAAAGAGAUGUCAAAUUCAGCAGAAGAAGACACUCUUGCAGACUGCAAUACCAUUGUAGCAGUCCAAACUAUGUUCAAAUUUUUUCCUAGCAUCAAAAGUAUCACCGAGCUUUCCCAAUCUUCAAACAUGAGGUUCAUGCAGUUUCGGGCCCAUGAUAAAUAUGCCCUUCAUCUCUCCAAAAUGGAAAAGGUAUUGGCCUUUGGUUCCCAGCUCUACAGUCCAGAUGAUGGUCCUGAAGGGGGGCUUGUGCUGCGAGAGAAGGAACGAGGAUCACACAUCUCCUAUAUGUUUAGGCUUCCAUUUGCAGCUGGUAGUGUAUUCAGUGCUAGUAUGUUGGAUACACUCUUGUAUCAAGCGUUCGUUAAGGAUUAUGUUAUCACAUUUGUCAGACUUCUUCUUGGAAUUGAUCAAGCUCCAGGAUCUGGAUUUUUGACAUCUAUGAAAAUUACAAAAGAUGACAUGUGGAUCAGAACGUAUGGAAGACUGUAUCAGAAAUUAUGUUCAACAACAUGUGAGAUACCAAUUGGUAUCUAUCGUACACAGGAUACCUCACUUGCUGAUUCGUCCCACCCUGACGAGGAGAAUGACUCAGAUGGAGUUGGGGUUACAUACAGGCCAAAAUCUCAAAUUCGAAACUGUCUGGGUUGCGUACAAAACCAGACAUCUGUGUGUUCCAUAAAUUUAGUGGAUGAAGCUCGAGAUAACCACACACAAAUGAUUGAACGUGCUGAAAUUGCAAAUUUGGUUCGCUCCAGAAUGGAAAGCCUAAAUCUGCCCAGUAUAGAUUAUGAUGAUGUCAGUGAGAAAAGGAGUAACUUGUCUUAUGUAAUUAUCAACCCAAGCUGUGAUCUCAAACUUGAAGAAGGAGAUAUUAUAUACAUAGUACGACCCAGCCCUUUCUCAGCACAGAAGACAUUUGAACGUCACAACAGCCGCCGAAAGUCAAAUAUUAGUUUCUGCUCUCAACAACUGGUACAACAGAUGGCAAAUUCUGCAGCUGGUAGUCGGCGCGGCUCCACUAUUGGAUUGUCUGGCUAUACACCAACUCCAAGACCCCCUCCACUUGUAACAACAAAAGCAAACUCCCUUUCCCUUCCAGAUAGUCCUACAGUUGCUGGAUGUGCCGCAAGUCCCAGUCCUGCAGGAUGCUACAGAGCACGAUCCAACUCCUUACGUGUUGCUGACGAUAUACUCUUGCGUCGUUCAAACUCCCUGCGUCAGGGAUUGGCACCCUCUGGUCCCACAAGACGAAAAAGCAGCCUAGAAGACCUAGGUUUCUCCUAUGCUUCCAACCAUAGCAACCCCAUUAAGAUAGCAUUGAAUGGAAGCAUUGGUCUAGAGGUGACACCACCAGAAGAAGGAAGCUCACAGAGUGAAAACAGCUGUAGUAACCUUCUCAGUACUGUAGCAACUGGUCUUUCUGUUGGUGGCAGCCCUGCAGGUGGCAGUGGGAGUGUUGGCAUCAGUGUCAGUUGUAACAGUGGCAUAUGUACCAAUACAGGUGCGAGAAGUAGUGGAGGAUGUUCAGGAACUGUAAAUAGUCAAGGACUGGGAAUUUGUGCACAGACUCCAAGUUCACUUGAUGUGUCAAGCCUUGUCAGCUGCAGUGUAGACAGCUGUCAGCCUCCUCCGUCUCCCGGCCCAUGUGCCAGCUCAACCCCUCUGGCUGAUCCCCAACACCUACAAGGUACACUUGUAUGAUAUCACCUUAUGUGGGGGAGGAGACUAAGCAGUGUAGUCCGGAACAAGUGGCUGUAAACUGAUUGCUCCUCAGCUCCACAGUGAUAAAUUCUGAAUAAGAAAAGUAUAACAGCUGAAUCUACUUCAGUACCUUGAAAACUAUAUUGAACUGUAAGAGUCUAUGUGCAAAAUGAGUGAAAUGGUACUGUUAGUACUUAGCUGUUGACAAAUAACGACUUUCUAGUACAACUUAGUACAUAAAAUUAAAUAGGUGCUACUUUGAGAUAUUUUUAAUUUACUGAUAAGUGAAGAAGAAAUGAGUCAUUUUAAAACAACAUAUGUUGUUUACAGAUAACUACAGAAAUUAGGGCAUGUUUUGCUUCCUCGAUAUCUGUCUACUUACUCUUGUUGCACAUAUUGCCUCUUCAACAGACAGAGACUGUUGAUAUAAGCUAAGAAAAAUAUCAGAUGGGCUAAGUAGAAAAGGAAUGAUUCUUCACCAGCCCAUCAUUUCUAUUUUUCUCGAUUAUCAUUCUCUUGGCUGAUAUAUUCUCCGGUGUGGCACCGAAUGAGUUGGAAAUGGGAACAAAUAGUGUGUAGCUGUAAGUUAUCUUGAAGACUUUUUAGAAACUGAAAACUAUUUGGUGUGCUGCAUAGCAGCAUCAUUGCCUUGUAAAUAUCAUCUAUUACAUACCAUAUGUAUAGUGUACAGUGAUAUAAAUAAGAGUGUGCAUUUAAGUGAAAUAUAUAAGAAGUUUGUAUAUUUUGUUUACUCUGUAGCAGAAAUAAUUCUGAAGCUUAAGACUGAAGUUGUAACUAUUAAAAAUAUAAAUUUAUAAUGAAAUAUACUCUCAAAUAGCAUAUUAUUUGGAGACAGAGCAACUGUUUUAUCAAAUAAUUCUUAGUUUUCUUAAAAUUACUUCUAAUGUGGGAAUCAAGCAAAUA